UGUAGGCGGAAUGAAGUGUAGUUGUUGAGCAGCAAAAUUGCAUGUUUUAGCUAACUUCCAUCUAAAUAGUAGAACACAUAAUAUUUGUAUUAUCCAGGAUAAAAAUAAGAUCAUCAAAUGAUACAAAGUCAUAUCAACUCAAUUGACACACAAUAAACCAAAACAUGGCCAAUAAUCCUAUGACCUUGUUCUUCUUACUCCUAACAAUUAUGAUUUCAUCAGUUUAUGCCACAAACACUACCUCAAAAACCAUAGACAUUUUACAAGCCAUUGAUGAAAUGAGAAAAGCCAAUUACUUCACUUUUGUCAUGCUCAUUAACAUGGCCCCUCCUGACUUCAUUCAAGGAAACAUCACUUUCUUGAUGCCAAAAGACAAGACACUCUCCCAAACCUUAAUCUCACAAAAUGAUGUUUCAGAUUUCUUGCUCCAACAUUCUAUCCCUUCCCCUUUACUUUUCGACUACCUCGAUCAUUUUCCUACAGGUUCUAUUAUACCAACUUCAAAACCUGACAUUGUACUUAAGGUGAACAAUUCUGGUAGAAAAAGUUUCUUUCUCAAUAAUGCUCGAAUAGUUAGUCCCAAUAUAUGUACUGGAUCUGGUUCUAUCAUUUGCCAUGGUAUUGAUCAAGUACUGGAACCUACCACUUUGUCAUCUGAUGAUCAUAACUCUACAUUUUCACCUGUUCCGCCCCAUUGUCCCAAUGUCACAAUCCCACCUUUUGUAGUAGCAGCCCCUCCUGCUGUCAUGUCAUUUCCGCCACCAGCAGAGCCAGUAAGGAGUGGAAGCUUUAAUAAUCCGACCCCACCGAUGAAAUCUGGUGUUCAUUCGAUACUGCAGCUAAGUGAUGCAGUGGUAGCUGGGCUGAUGUUGCUGAUGUUGCUGUAAUGUAGUUCAUCUGUUUAAUUGGGAUCUACUAACUAAAACUAAGAA